CUGUGUGGCCUGCGCACAGUGGCCAUGAAGACCAUGCUGCUCCCUGUCCUGGCUCUCUGGGUGGGGUGCUGCCCUGGAGGGGCCCUGGCUAAGCAGAGGCCGAGCCUGAGAGAGCCCAUGGCCCCACCAACCCCCACGGGUUUGCCCGCCCUGCAGCUGCUGCUGCCCAUCAUGCCUGGGCGUCCCGAUGGGUCUUCCCACCACCGUGGCCCAAGGGGCUGGCGACAAAAGAAGGACUGCAGUCAAGGCUGCGGGGGCAGCAGCAUCUCAGAGACCACAGGCCGUGGGCAAAGAAGGCCUGGAAGCAGGCGAGGGCAUGGGCAUGGGCCUGCGGACCCAGGCACCAUGGAGCAGGCCAUGCCCUCCCUGCCAGCCUCAUGCCUCCUGGCCCAGGCGGCCAUCGCCUGUGGCAAUGCCAAGAUGAAACACAUCCCUGCCCUGACCGACCCUGGCCUGACCACGCUUUACCUGGCAGAGAAUGAAAUUGCCAAGAUCCCGGCCCACACGUUCCUGGGACUGCCCAACCUGGAGUGGCUGGACCUGAGCAAGAACAAGCUAGAUGCCCGUGGCCUGCACCCUGGUGCCUUUAAGAAUCUGACGCGGCUAAAGCGGCUGAACCUGGAUGGAAACCAGCUGUCCACAGUGCCGGCCCUGCCCGCCUCCCUGCAGGAGCUCAAGCUCAAUGACAACCACCUGCAGGGCCUGCAGCACAGCAGCUUCCGGGGGCUCAGCAAGCUGCUAACGCUGGAGGUGGAAGGGAACCAGCUGCAUGAUGGGAACAUCUCCCCCCUGGCUUUCCGGCCCUUGGGCAGCUUGCUGUACCUGAGGCUGGACCGGAACCGGCUGCGAACCAUCCCACCCGGCCUUCCAGCCUCCCUGCAGGAGCUGCACCUGGGUGCCAACGUCAUCGAGGAGGUGACAGAGCGCACGCUGAACCGCAGCUGCAGCCUCAGUGUGCUGGUGCUCAGCAACAACCGGCUCCAGGAGGACCGGCUGGCGCCCCGAGCUUGGAUCGAUCUCCCCAAGCUGGAGACCCUCGACCUGUCCCACAACCGACUCGUGCACGUCCCCUCCUUCCUGCCGCGGGGCCUCCGGCGCCUGCUGCUGCACCACAACCACAUUGAGCGCAUCCCUGGCUACGUGUUUGCACACAUGAAGCCGGGCCUGGAGUUCCUGCACCUGUCCUACAACAGCCUGCGCGCCGACGGCAUCCACGACGUGUCCUUCUGGGGCCUGCGCACCUCCCUGGCGGAACUGCUCCUGGAUCACAACCAGCUGCAGGCCAUCCCGCGAGGCCUGCUGGGCCUCAAGGGGCUGCAGGUGCUGCGUCUGAGCCACAACAAGAUCAGACACGUGCCCCUGAAUUCCAUCUGUGACACUCGAGCGGCCCAGGACUCCAACCUCAUCUCCACACGCCUGGAGAACAACUUCAUCGAUAGGCGCCGCAUCCCCCCCACCGCCUUUUCCUGCAUCCGGGCCUACCACAGUGUGGUCCUCCAGCCCCAGCAGGGGGAGGGGGAAAGCUCCUAGGCCCCCCUACUGGGCUUCCCUGCCCUCCCCCCUCUCCUUUGGGGCUGGUGAAGGGGGCUCAGGCCCAGGUCCACUUGAUCUUUGCACCACUUCAAGAAAGAUCUAGAACACCCUGAUUCUUCCCAUGGACUGCUGAGGCCCCUUCACUUAGUAACCAGCCUGGUGGGGUGCAUUGCUGGU